UAGUUUAACUCCACCCCGCCUGCAACUCCUGCCUCCCCACUUUCUCCAGUUUCUUCCGGCAGCUCAUCUACCAUUUCAUGCGUACUGCAGAUCUAGUUCCACUUUCCGUUUCCCAUAUACCGGUUCUGAGUUCUGGAUAUUGGGGAAUUAAGGAAUUCUAUAAAUUCGGGGUGGGUGCGGGCUAUAGAAGGGGCAGAGAAUCGAAGCUAAGAAGGGAUCUCUUUCUGUAGCCACGAUUUCGAUUUUCGAUCGCUUUUCAUGCGCCCCAGCCUGAGCUAUUCUAGGGCAUCUGCGCGUAAAACUUCUUCUCCCUUCUUUUCUAGCACAGGUGCGUUCGGCGACCUUACGCUAUUUUGUACUAAUUGGCAUGGUGGUCACUGUCUGCCUAGUGAAGAAUUAGAAAUUAUGAACUUAUGGAACAAUGUGGUGUAGCUCUUUGUCGUAUAAAUUUACUCACUUUGUAAAUUUAAAAUUCAAAGCUCAUGGCAAAGCUUGGAACACUUGGACGCAGUGGAUUUAUUAGGAAAACAAAUGAUAGUUUGAGACUCAUCAUGACCACGUUUGUUGGAUUCCUUAUUGGCUUUUUUAUUGGAAUUUCAUUCCCAUCUGUUAACAUAACAAAGCUUCACUUUCCUUCUAGCAUUGCUUCUUACAAUGAAGACAAGAAUUCUGGCAUCAAAACCCAAGCCUUACUGAAUCAUGCCUGGUUAUCUACACAUCAAAACAAUUCUUUGUUAAAUUCAACUAAUACUUCCAAGAUUUAUGUUUCCACGAAUCCUAAAGGGGCAGAAAGCCUAGCGCCAGAAAUAAUUGUGCCUGAAUCAGACUUGUACCUACGCCGUUUGUGGGGUAAUCCAAGUGAGGAUCUACCAUUUGAGCAGAAGUAUCUAGUAACGUUUACAGUCGGAUAUGAACAGAAAAACAAUAUUGACGCAGCAGUGAAAAAGUUCUCUGGAAAUUUCACAAUAUUGUUGUUUCAUUAUGAUGGACGAACUAGUGAAUGGGAUGAAUUUGAAUGGUCAAAACGUGCAAUUCAUGUGAGUGCAAGGAGGCAGACAAAAUGGUGGUAUGCUAAACGCUUUUUACACCCUGACAUAGUUGCUUCUUAUGAAUAUAUUUUUAUCUGGGAUGAAGAUCUUGGAGUUGAGCAUUUUAAUGCAGAUCGGUACAUUGACUUGGUGAAGAAGCAUGGUUUAGAGAUCUCACAACCAGGUUUGGAGCCCAACAAUGGUCUAACUUGGCAAAUGACUAAGAGGAGAGGGGACCGUGAGGUUCACAAGGAGACAGAAGAGAGACCUGGUUGGUGUACUAAUCCUCACCUUCCACCAUGUGCUGCAUUUGUUGAGAUAAUGGCUCCUGUCUUCUCGAGAAAUGCAUGGAGAUGUGUGUGGCAUAUGAUUCAGAAUGACUUGGUUCAUGGCUGGGGCCUUGAUUUUGCACUUAGGAAAUGCGUGGAGCCGGCUCAUGAAAAAAUUGGAGUUGUGGAUUCUCAAUGGAUUGUGCAUCAAGUAGUUCCAUCACUUGGGAAUCAGGGCCAAGCAGAAAAUGGCAAAGCUCCAUGGGAAGGGGUGAGGGAGCGGUGCCGUAAAGAGUGGGGGAUGUUCCAAACUCGAUUAACAGAUGCGGAGAAGGCUUAUUACAAGAAGAUGGGGAUUGCUCCUCCAAAUGCCACAUUUGCUUAGAUUCAACACCCUUCUUGUCCUUGCAUUUGUCCUUAAUUUUGAUAUAUAUGCCUACUAUCCAGGAGACUUUCACAUUUAAUAAUUAUAUAACUAUAUAACUAAUGUAAGUUAAAUCAGGUGAGGGCAUGAGGCCUCUGAUGAGAAGUAUUUCGAUGUAAAUAUUCUAUAUUAAUGCUAGAUUCGUUCGUUG